AUGAGUGGACGCAAGCGGAAGGCUGAAGAACAGUUAGAGCGGACUACAAUCCCUGGUAGUCCAUAUAGUGAUGCUAACUCUUCUAAAAACAUGAUUUCUCAAAUAACUUCAUUCUUUUGGAACUGGAUUAGGUCAUUCAGUGAACUCGAAAGCACUCCAGCUUCUGCAGAAUCAGAUCCAACAAUAUUUAAAGCAAGUCAAAAUUCACUCCUAAAUAAGAAUGCAAUCCCGGAUAUCCCAUCGAAAAGUCUUGCGGCUGACCCCACAAACUCGAACAUAAAUAACACGGCUAUUUCAAAUAGGACUAUCAAAAAUCGGAUCGUAGACAUAGAUGGAUAUGAUAAAAACAAAGCUCGUCGUAUUGUUGAUCAGUACUGGGAGCCUAAGCCCCUUCCAUGGGAGAAAAGUACGCCGCCAACUAAUAGCUUAUAUUCCACUCUAGUAACUACAACUGACCAGAAAACCAACUUGGAACAAAGAUCUCUAUUAAGGAUAACGCAAGAUCCUACCAGGCUAUCAAUUAGACAUGAUCUACACGUAAAGACAUCCUUACCUGAAAGAGUUCCCCAUGCUGAUCAUGGGUCUCCUGGCAUGCCGCAUGAUUGGAAAAAUUUGGAAGAUUCAUUAAAUAGCCUCUUUCUCAGUGAUAGUGAUCAGCUUACCCUGUCUAAAUUCAAGGCUGAAAAAUAUCGUGUUCUCGCUGAAGAGAGAAAUGAAAAGAAGAGGCUAGAAUCUAUUCAUGAAGCAAGACAAAGACGACUCCGACGGCUGCUGCCCCUGGAAAACCUGGUCCAAAUUUUAAAUCCUAAUUGGGAAAAUCGAGUAAACAAAGCACAUCUUACUAGGAAUAAUGACCCUUUAACUACAUCCAUCGGUGGAACUGAACUGAGGAUCAAAGACUUCAGGACGCUGUUGGAUAUAAGAUCGUGGCUGAAUGAUGAAAUAAUUAAUGCUUACAUUGAAUGGAUCGUAGAUGCUGCAAACAAAGCUGCCAAUGUGGAGGCUGCUGCUCUUGGCUUGCUACGAAGCUCUACUCCUAGAUUUAUAGCACACAAUAGCUUUUUUUAUCAAAGUUUGAGUAAAAAGGGACCCGAAAGCCAAGAUAGGCUUAUGAAAAAGAAAGGGGCUCCUGGCUUAACAUUAUUGGAGGUUGAUUCGGUUUUCGUGCCUAUAUGUAACGGCUCACACUGGACUCUUGGAGUCGUUAGACCGAUUGCAAAGACGAUUGAAUAUUUUGAUUCGAUGGGGGGUAGUCCAACCAAGUUUAUAUCACGAAUGCGAGAUUGGCUGAAACAUCAACUAGGUGCCGCUUAUGUCUCUAGUGAGUGGGAGGCACCCAAAACAUUAUGUGCAAAUCAGACAAAUGGUUACGAUUGCGGUGUAUUUGUGUGUACAAAUGCACUUUGCGUCGCUGUAGGGCUUGAUACGUCUUGCUAUGAAGAAAGUGACAUGAAACUUCAACGUAGAAAUAUUGCGGCUGUCUUGCUUAACCGUGGAUUUCAAGGAGAUUUUGCGUGGAAAGUACAAGGAAACGGUCUUUUUUAUUAG